AGGCUUAAGUCUCAUAACCAUUGCCUACGAAGCUUCAUAGUAGUCAGGUUGUCAAGGCUCAUAUAUAUCAUAGGUUACUCAUGGAGACCGACAUCACCCUCGAAUUCGGCACGAAACUUGAGAACAAGCGAACCAUCCACCUGGAGCUACUUUGCUGCCACAGCACCGUAGCCCGGCAACAGUUCGAGAAAGCAAAGCAGCUACGGGACGUCUAUAACUUCGCCAACGACAUGCGGCGGCAGCUGAAGGUCUUUACAGCGUCGGCAAUGUCGUCUAACUUCUUCGAGGUGCAUCACAAGGAGGACAAGUGCAUCGUCCAGAUUGUUCGCAUCUACAAUGAGUACCCUCUCAAGAAACACGUCGACGCCAUUAAAGCCCUCGUCGAUAAUUUCGCGGAGGAGCAACACACAAAGACGAACAUCAAGGGAAAUCAAGCAACGAUAGCCGCCAGAAAGAAAGAGUUCAAAGAUAGCGACAUCCUCGCACGCCUUAACUCCCUCGACCCAAAAGCUAUAUAUCAACUUACCCAGUCGCUAUUCGCCAUGCUCCGCCGCAUCAAACUCGCAGAGUUCGAAAACGCGAAGCAAGCCCCCGUCAAAGCCGCAGCCCAACAUCGCAUCAUCGUCCCAGACACCGACGGCAAAGCAGUCAGGUCUCUCAUGCACUGGAUGUACCAAGGAAGCCUAUAUUACGAGGACGCCGAGAAUCUCUACGGCACCCUAUUGCUCGCGAUCAGACUUGGCGUCGAGCAGUUGACGCAGACAUGUUUGUCCAAGCUCGCAAACGACACGCAAGAUGCCAUUGCCCAGGCGUAUUCGUGCGGCUCGUCGCUCCAGAUCCUCCUCGGCUACGACUUGGUUGAUGACGAGCAGGACGCUGCUUCUGCGAACAACGUAGUCCAGGUCGUCUUCGGACACGUGCUGAAAGACCCUGAGCCUCCUGCUAGACUCUUCAAACUGGUCGUUGGUGCCUUGGCUAUCAAUAUGGAUUCGGAACUUUGGGCGCAGCUGAAGGACGUCGUCGGCCAUGGUCUCGCUCUGCGGCUUGUUGAGGCGAUGCUUGUUCUUCGCCAGACGGAUGGCGGGGGCGUGAAGCUCGAGUGUGAGCUUCUCGCCAUCGAGGGUUUGCCGGCAGGUCAUAACACGCAUAUGGGGGGUUGACUGAUCUGCAUGGUCUUACUCAAAAUUAGAGUCGCGAUAUUAGGAGAAAGAUAUACAGGUGCACAUGGUCUUCUCAAACGGGUUCAGCGGUAUUUCCCACUUUCCCCAUCUGCGAUAAUCGAGACGGCACUUCAUCUACACUCCAUGGCCAGCGUUCCCCGCGCUUUCCCAAAAAUGCAUUUUCUUUUCUUCUCGAUCGUCAGAUAGUCUACAGUUUUCCAUUCUCACUAUUAUCUCAAUACUAAAUCACAAACCAUAGUC